GAUAUUUUCCAGCCAUAUAAAUCAGCCAUAAACCCUAUAUGUUCACACGACAAAAAGCACAAUCUCAAUUUCUUACUACCCAACUCUUUAUACUUCUCUUUGCUUUGCAUUUCGCGCUUUCAUCUCAAAACCCUAGAUUACUUUUCAUUUUCUGUACGUUUAAUGGCGGAAGAAGAGGUCGUCGCGGCUGCACCCAGCCCUAUCCCCUCCGAUCAUAAGCGGAAGCUUGAGGAUGUCGAGCCCCACCUCGCUGUUGACAAGCCGCUCGACUCUGCUUUAGAACCUGAUGCGGUGGAUAAUGACGUAGCGGCAUCUGAUUCCUCGGAGGCCAAGCGGCCUAGGCUCGACGACGGUAAGACCGACGGCUUUGCCAGUGAGAAUGGGUUUGAAGCUGAGAAGUUGGGUGAAGCUGCGAAGGAGGAUGAGGAGGCUUUGCAGCAAAAUGAGGUUAAUGAGCAAGCAGAUGAUGGUGAUGCUCCAUCAGAGGAUGCUCCAUCAGAGGAGGCUCCAGCAACGGUAAAACCUGAGCAAGUUGAAGGAACAACAGAGGAAACAGAGCAACAGUCUACAGAUAAUCAUGAGACUGCUGAUGCUGAGUUAGGUAAAGUUGAGAGUUCUGAGGCAUACAAUAGUCAAGAACCUGCUAAAGAGGAGAUUAAGCAACUUUCUGAUGAGAUGCCUCAGCAGGAGUUUGAUGAUGGUUCAACUAUUACUCGAAAAAUGGAGGUUCCUAAUGCUAAGGUUGGUGUUCUCAUAGGCAAGGCGGGGGAUACCAUAAAGUACCUGCAAUACAACUCUGGGGCCAAAAUUCAAAUUAUGAGGGAUGCAGAUGCUGAUCGGGAUGCUCCUACAAGGCCCGUGGAAAUAAUAGGAACUUUGAGUAGUAUAACCAAGGCUGAAAAGCUUAUACAUGCUGUCAUAGCUGAGGCAGACGCAGGCGGCUCACCUUCCCUUGUAGCUAGGGGCCUUGCUACCACACAAGCUGCUGGAGCUGCUGAGCAGAUCGAGAUACAAGUUCCAAAUGAGAAGGUUGGUAUAAUCAUUGGUAGAGGUGGGGAAACUAUCAAAGGACUGCAGACCAGGUCAGGUGCCCGCAUUCAGGUAUUGAUACCUCAACAUCUCCCAGAAGGGGAUGGAUCUAAAGAAAGGACAGUUAGAGUGACUGGUGAUAAGAAGCAAAUUGAGAUUGCCAGAGAAAUGAUAAAAGACGUUAUGAAUCAGACUGUCAGGCCAUCACCUCUUUCUGGUGGUUUCAAUCAGCAGGGCUAUCGACCUCGGGGAACCACAGGUCCACCUCAAUGGGGUCCCCGGGGCCAUCCUGCCCAUUCAGCAGCAUAUGAUUAUCAACAACGGGGACCAUAUCCUUCUCAAAACUCUCAUUAUCAACCUCCUUAUGGUGGCUACCCUUCUCAUCAAAUGGCUCCAAGAAGCAACUUUGGUUCUAGUUGGGAGCAGAGGCCUCACAGCAUGCAGGGACCUCAGAGUGGAGGUUAUGAUUACUACAGCAGGCAGGGAAGUGUCUCUGCCCCUCAUUCGACUUCAAUUCCUGGGCAUGGACCUGUUCCAUCACCUGCUCCAGCAAUGGGGCCAGCGUCAUCUCUGUCUAAUUAUAAUUAUGGACAGCCUCAUGGUCCAGCAGAUUAUGCACAUCCACCGCCAUAUUCACAAACUGCUCCCCAGCAUAGCUACGGACAUGGAUAUGAAGAAAAGUACGAAAAUCAUACCCCUCUUCAGCAUCCUUAUGGAGGACAUGGGUCUUCUCAGCCAGGAUAUGCACAGCCAGGUCCUCAACCUGGGUAUACCUCUCAGCAGCAGUAUGGCAAGCCACCAUCAUAUGCCAUGCAGUCACAAGGACCCCAAACAUAUGGUCCUCCUGCCAAUCAACCAGGAGAAGUACCAUAUCAAGGUCCAACUGCCCAGUUAUAUGGUCCGAAUGUGCCUCCUCAGCAGCAAUACCCAUAUGCAUCAAGUGGGCCCAUGCAACAAAGCUAUCCUCCGUAUGGCUCUGCACCACCUAGUGAUGGAUAUAGUCAGCCGCCACCUGCUACUGUCCAGGCUUAUCCGCAGCAAGGUAGCCAGCCUGUUCCUGGAUACAGCCAGCCUUCUGCCCAGCAAACAACUGCUUAUGCACAAGCAAGUGCUGCUGCGUAUGGUCAAUACCCAGCCUCACAACAGGGUUACGCUGAACAGGCAGCUGCAAACAAUGCAGGUUAUGCCUAUCAAGGGGCGCAAGAUCCUGGUUAUGGUGGUGGCGCUGUGACAACAUAUGGUGCACCACCACCAAGUGGCCAAGCAACUUAUGCUCAACCAACAGCUGCUCAGCCUACCUAUGAUCAGUCUGUUCCUCAGUCCGGUGGUUAUGCAGCAGCACCAGUUAGUGCACCUGUUUCGUAUGGAAAAACAGUAUCACCACAGCCUGGAUAUCCUCAGUAUGAUUCGACCCAGAUGUAUGCUGCACCCCGUUGACGGUUUUCCUUUAGUUGUAUUGGUGAUAAUGUAGUCAUGUACUGGACAUUCUGUGGGUAGUGACCUUUAUUUGUUUUUGAGAUCUUCUAGCUCUAUCUAUUUCUUAUUGUCGGUUCCCAUGUCCGUUGGGUAAUAUUGCCAUCUAAAUGUUUCCAACUUCGUUAUUAAUAAUAUGAUAUUUGCUCCUUUCUUU